GAAACGUCAGACUGUUUAUUCUGUUUAGUGAUAGCGGAGAAAAACAAGCUUGGUCUAGUUACACCGAGCUGCUUCAGCGAUUACAUAACCCUGACCUCGUGCUGAUGGAAACAUCCGUUUAGGGAAUACACUUUAAGCUUUUAAACACAGUCAAACCGGCAUGAAAUAUUUUAUAAACUGCACAGUUCAUCCUUUAUGAUAGCGUUAUUUUAGUUUAGUUUAGCUUAGCGAGCCGCUGGACGGAAGCUGGCAGUGUCAGUAACCGGUUUGAUGUGAACUCGGACACUCUGUUCCUUCCUCUUUUCUCCACAUCUCGACUCAGAAGAUGUCUUCCUGUGUAUGUAGAGCUGCUGCGAGGCGACUCUUCAGUUCAGCACACACAGGGUUUUCACGCUCACACAUUAAGUUCUAUGCUGUCAGUAGCAGAGUGAUUCGUGAAGCCUGUCUACCUCCUGCAGUGCGAGUCAGAUCGUUUUCAGAGAGUGCCGUGUUUUUAGCCUCAAAGGAGAACACACCAAAAGAUGGCUCCAGUGAUGGGGGAAAGGAGAGUGCAGCAGACAGAAUUGGGAAGAGAUCUACGGGUUCGGGCGGGUCAGGGAAAGGAGGACGUCAGCUACGUUGCCCCAGAUGUGGAGACACAUGCACACAUGUGGAGACGUUUGUGUCAUUCACACGUUUUGUGAAAUGUGAAAAAUGUCAUCACUUCUUUGUGGUGCUUUCUGAAAGCGAUUCUAAGAUGGGUCUGAAUAAGGAGGCAGAAUCUGGUGCCGAAGCUGUUAAACUGGCAUUUGCUCAGAAACCUCCCCCACCCCCUAAAAAGAUCUAUGCCUACCUCGAUAACUAUGUUGUUGGCCAGUCAUAUGCAAAGAAGGUGCUGUCGGUUGCAGUGUAUAACCAUUACAAACGGAUCUACAACAACCUUCCUGCAUCAGGCGGACAGCAAGCGGGGACAGAGAAGCAGAUCUCUCUCACUCCCCAGGAGCUAGAGAUCAGAAGACGGGAAGAUGAAUACAGAUUUACAAGGCUGCUUCAGAUUACUGGGAUCAGCCCACAUGGCAAUGCUCUUGGUGCAUCUGUUCAACAACGGGCCACUCAACAAGCUACCCCGGAGAAAAGGGGUGCCGAGGUGCUGGACUCUACUCACACUAACAUCAAACUGGAGAAGAGUAACAUUGUGCUGCUAGGCCCUACUGGAUCAGGUAAAACACUUUUAGCUCAGACUCUGGCUCGGUGUUUGGAUGUUCCUUUUGCCAUCUGUGACUGUACCACGCUGACCCAGGCAGGCUAUGUAGGUGAGGAUAUCGAGUCGGUCAUUGCGAAGCUGCUGCAAGAUGCCAACUACUCAGUGGAGAAAGCCCAGCAAGGAAUAGUGUUUCUGGAUGAGGUGGAUAAGAUUGGAAGUGUUCCAGGAAUUCACCAGCUCAGAGAUGUAGGAGGAGAAGGCGUCCAGCAGGGUUUGUUGAAACUCCUGGAAGGCACCAUUGUGAAUGUUCCAGAAAAGAACAGCAGGAAGUUGCGAGGUGAAACUGUGCAGGUGGACACAACCAACAUCCUGUUUGUGGCAUCAGGAGCCUUCAACGGGCUGGACCGAAUCAUUAGCCGCAGGAAGAAUGAGAAGUACCUUGGAUUUGGCUCGCCCUCUAACCUGGGGAAGGGACGCCGUGCAGCAGCAGCAGCUGAUCUGGACAAUAGCACAGGCAGUGAGCUGGAUGUGGCUGCUGAGAUGGAGGAGAAGGAUCAGCUGCUGAGACAUGUAGAGGCACGUGACCUCAUUGAGUUUGGCAUGAUUCCUGAGUUUGUAGGUCGUCUGCCCAUCGUAGUGCCUUUGCACAGCCUGGAUGAGCAAACACUAGUGCGCAUUCUCACAGAGCCCCGGAACGCUGUGGUGCCUCAGUACCAGGCUCUCUUCAGCAUGGAUAAGUGUGAGCUGAAUAUAACCCCAGAUGCACUCAGGGCAAUUGCCAGACUGGCUCUUGAGAGGAAGACUGGAGCCAGAGGUCUCCGGUCCAUCAUGGAGAAGCUACUGUUGGAGCCAAUGUUUGAGGUGCCACAGUCAGAUAUUGUGUCUGUGGAGCUGAAUAAGGAUGUGAUUUUGGGCAAGACUGAGCCACGCUAUAUCAGAGCUUCAACUAAAGAGACCACAGAGGAGGAGUAUGACUGUGGCAUUGAAGAAGAGAACUGGCUGAGACAGGCAGAGGUAGCCAACAACUAAUAAUGCAGCUGUGAAACAUCUAAUAAUACAGCUGUGAAAAUCUCUCUGGAUUCUGCGUCACUGAACUUGUGAAAACAAGAAGCAACAUUCUAAAGAGGACCCCAGCUUAAACCUAAAACAGAGACACUUAACAAAUAUCAGCUGAACAAGGAAUGUACAGAAAGUGACUACACACAGGCUUUAAUUACAGUCUUUGUGGAUAACUUAAAAUUUGCUAACAAUUUUAUGUAUCUAAAAAGAAUUAGAU